AUGAUACCUAUGUCAGUCUGCACAUAUCUUUGUGUAUUUACCACUUUCUUACCUUUCUAUCUGUUCAACUCUCUCUCUCUCUGUCUCCGUCUCUCUAGCUAUCUAUAUCCCAAUUUGAUCACAUUUAAUCUAUCUAUCUAUCUAUCUAUCUAUCUAUCUAUCUAUCUAUCUAUCUAUCUAUCUCCCAAUCUCAUCACAUUUAAUAUAUGUAUGUAUCUAUGUAUAAAAAAUCAAUGUCUACGUAAAUAUGUUCAUAUCUAUCUAUCUAUCUAUCUAUUUGACUUUCGUUAUAUAUUUCUAUCUAUCUAUCUAUCUAUCUAUCUAUCUAUCUAUCUAUUUGACUUUCGUUAUAUAUUUCGACCUACCUACCUACCUACCUACCUACCUAUCUAUCGAUCUAUCUAUCUAUCUAUCUAUUUGACUUUCGUUAUAUAUUUCUAUCUAUCUAUCUAUCUAUCUAUCUAUCUAUCUAUUUGA